UUGAUUCAUUUCUUAUCUUUCUCUCUUUGCAAUUGCAUCACUGCUUUUCAAUUUGCUUUAUUUGUCAGCUAUUUGAAUGAUAAUGGUAACCCUUUUGUUCCCAAAGGAACCUGCAAGUUUGUGAUACCCAGAAGAAAAAUGACUCUUUUCUUUUUGUUUUUGAAACCGAAACAACUUCACGUGCUCAUAAUUUCAUCUGGGUCUUGCUCAAACAAGUCUGAAUUUGUAGUGCCCGUGACCUGUUUGUGAAAAUUCCCUCAGCACCUUUGGCUUGAUACAGGUCAACAGAUAUGAGUGAAGAGUCUGACUCUAAAGUCGAGGCUAUGGAUCUGUUACGCCAGUUGGAGGAUAUCCUUGAAUCUGAUGCUCUAAUUGACGAGCUGGGCUUUAUUCAUCCCUCACAAUUCCCUUUGCUAAAGGAAGAAUCGGACAUUCCGUGUAAUUUAUCUUAUGAAGCUAUCCAUCAAUCAGAAGAUGGAGUAGUAAGCCCCGUGGAACCUUCCAAACAAGACAACAUAUAUUUCUGGAACAGAGAUCAUAAACUGGGAAUUUCAACUCAUGUUCUUCUACCGUUAUAUAGAGCGGCUAAAGAUGCAUUUUUUAUUACAUUUAAACAAUAUAGAAUGUGUGACAACCAAUCUGGUAAAGGAAUUUGCUUACCUGCCUCUUCUUGUGAUCAUCCUGAAAGUACCCUUCUGAGACAUAGCAAGUCUCUUCUGCUGCUAAGCUGUGAUUUUAUGACAGCUUGGAAUUGCAGAAAGUUAAUAGUGUCCAAGAAGCAGCAGCUCUCAAUGUUUGUAGAUGAACUUCUGCUGUCAGGACUUGUACUCUCGUAUUCGCCCAAAAGCGAACAAGCUUGGAAUCAUAGGCGAUGGGUGAUCAAGUCAAUCUCUGCAAACUGUUCAAAUUUCAAAGAGAUAUUGGGAAAAGAAUCUGAGCUGGUGGAAAAAAUAGCCGAGGUCUAAUUUCAGUAUGGGAACAUCAUACUGUUUAAAUUGGAACUGUUUUAUUUCAUGUUUGUAUGAUUGAUGGGCAUUCGUACAUGAGAGGAGUAUAAUUGUUACUUUAAUUUCACCUUUGUUCUGACCUUUUCUCAAUAAAAGGGCGUAUUAUACAAUAUUUUAUUGCAACAUUAUCUUGUUAAUACUUUUGGUAUUUCAAUCCAUUAUACAUUGGUAAUGUGAAAGAAUCUCC